UAAAAGUACGGAAAUAGUUUCUAUACUUUGUAUUUUGCACGACAUCAGGGAACUUUUGGCAUUUUAACUAUAUCCAUAUUAUGACCUAUAAGCAUACUAAAUUCACAUCACAAAUACUUCGGUUAGUAUGAGUUUUGGAACACAGAUCCUGCGAUUAGUAUGACGCCAGUUGCUCAUACCUGAUCUAGACCACAGAUUGUGGAUUUACUGUAACAUAUUUUCCUAUCAUAGGUUCUAGGUCCAUUUACAGAGAAAAAGUUGGAAGCCGUUCCUAGACUAACAUCGGAAGCAAGUUUGCACUAAUGAUGGAAGAUGAAAAGCAUAUGCAGGUGGUUGCAGUAGCAGCACCCGAGAAGCCCGAACCAGCCAUGCCCCACGCAACAACAGUGGCGGAAUUCGGAGACGCGCCGGUGUGCUCAGCCCCCUACCACUCCGCUGCAUCUCAUCUGUCUGCUUGUUGUCAUGGAGGAGCCAAGAUGGCGUUCCUGGCCUAUAGCCUAGGCAAACGGGAAAUAAAUCAGUAUUUUAGCAUUAAAAAUGCUAAAUUAUUAUCCGUCGCUGCCGUCAUUCUACUCACCUUGUUUCACACCGUUUCUCGGUAUUAUGGAGGCGGAGACACAUGUGAGUGGCUGCUGUCCAGUGGGCGGUACCUGGGAGAGACCGUAUGGCAGCCCUAUGGCUGUAUGAUGCACAAAUACAAAAAUACUGAAGCAAAGACUUGCCUUGCUGAGAAAAGGGUGGCCUUCGUUGGUGAUUCUAGAAUACGGCAGCUAUUCUAUUCAUACAUCCAAAUAAUCGAUGCUGCACAAAGUGCAGAUGGAAGAAAGCACGAGAACAUUCUCUUUGAAGACAGGAGCGCUUCAGUCAAUGUGGACUUCCUGUGGUAUGCAGAAGUGAAUAACUCUCUGAAGGAGCGCUUGAUAUCAUGGAGAAAGGAUCCUUCUAUAAAACCAGAUGUCAUCAUCAUCGGAGCUGCCACUUGGUCCAUCAAGUUGCAUGGGGGCAGCAGCGAGGCGCUGCAGCAGUACAGGGCCAACCUCACAGCCAUCUCCUUGCCUCUGGAACAGCUGGCUGAGGAUGGGGAGGUCUACUGGGUCUUACAGGACCCUGUCCACGAGGAGGGUCUGAGUGACAACAGGAAGAUGAUCACUAAUGAGCAGCUGGAGCUAUACAACAAGGUGGUGCUCAGCACUCUGAACAGCAACAAGAAGAACUCCAAGGCCAGAGUCAGGUUCCUGGGCGCCUUGCGCCAAGCUGCCAUGGAAGCCAUCGCCCAAUCAGCUGACGGCCUGCACCUUCCUGAGAGCACCCGGAACGUGGCUGCCAUGGUGCUGAUGAACGCUGUGUGCAACAAGGUCCUGCGGCCCACCGACGGCUCCUGCUGCCAGUCCCUGCCGGCCCCCAGCCUCCUCCAGAAACUGAUGGCCUGCGUCUUCCUGGGCUCAGCCCUGGUCUUUCUGGUGCUCCAUGCUCUGGGCCACAACAGGCCCUGGAAGUCCCGGCCCACUCCCCCCGACGUGGAGAGUGGCGAAGAGAAAAAGCCGGCCACGGCAGCAUCUCCACUCAACCACAAGGCUCCAUUCCAGGCCCUGUCGAAGAUGGGCCUCAUCAUGGUCUACUUCUACCUGUGUGACCGCGCCAACGUUUUUAUGAAGGAGCAGAAGUUCUACACCCACUCCACCUUCUUCAUCCCCCUCAUCUAUAUGUUUGUCCUGGGGAUCUUCUACAGCGAGAACAGCAAGGAGACCAAGCUGCUGAACAGAGAGCAGACUGACGAGUGGAAGGGCUGGAUGCAGCUGGUCAUCCUCAUCUACCACAUAUCUGGAGCCAGCGUUUUCAUCCCUGUGUACAUGCAUGUCCGUGUCCUGGUAGCAGCAUACCUCUUCCAGACAGGAUACGGACACUUCUCCUUCUUCUGGCUCAAAGGGGACUUUGGAUUAUACAGAGUGUGCCAGGUCCUGUUCCGUCUCAACUUCCUGGUGGUGGUGCUGUGUCUAGUGAUGGACCGGCCGUACCAGUUCUACUACUUUGUGCCCCUGGUCACCUUCUGGUUCGUCGUCAUCUAUGCCACCAUGGCCAUGUGGCCCCAGAUACGGCAGAAGAAAGCAAACGGUAGCGGGAUGUGGCACGUUGGGAUUCUAGGGAAGCUGCUUGGGCUACUCCUGUUCAUCUGCUUCUUUGCUUAUUCACAGGGGUUAUUUGAGAACAUUUUCUCAGUAUGGCCCAUCUCCAAGCUCUUUGAGCUGAAUGGAAGCAUUCAUGAGUGGUGGUUUAGGUGGAAGCUGGAUCGAUUUGCCAUUAUCCACGGCAUGCUGUUUGCCUUUGUCUACCUGGUACUACAGAAGUGCCAGGGCCUCUCCGAGGAGAAAGGAGAGCCUCUCUUUUCCACCAGGAUCUCCAACAUUCUACUCCUCAUCUCUGUGGUCUCAUUCAUGACCUACUCCAUAUGGGCCAGCAGCUGUAAAAACAAGACCGAGUGCAACGAGCUGCAUCCCUACAUCUCAGGGCUCCAGAUCCUAGCCUUCAUCUUAAUCAGGAACAUUCCCGGUUACUCCCGCUCUUUAUACAGCUCAUUCUUCGCAUGGUUCGGGAAGAUCUCCUUAGAGCUGUUCAUCUGCCAGUACCACAUCUGGCUGGCGGCGGACACCAAGGGCAUCCUGGUGCUGAUCCCAGGCAACCCCUUGCUCAACAUCAUCAUCAGCACCUUCAUCUUUGUGUGCGUGGCCCACGAGAUCUCCGUGAUCACCAACGACCUGGCCCAGGUGGCCAUCCCCAAGGACGGGGGCGCCCUGCUCAGGAGGUUGCUGGUCGCCGGGGUCUUCACCCUGGGCCUACUGCUGGUGUCCAGGAGCGCUGAAGGGAUCCAGGGAGGAGGCCACUGAGGGGGGAGCGGGUACCACAGUGGGGGAGAGCUAGACUGAUUUCUAGACUGAGACUGACUGACUUGUUAGUCUUCCAUGCCCCCAGGGUCGUAUUAAUUUGGCACCAAGCGGAAUAAAACGGUCUGAAAGAUUGAGGGGCGUCCUGUUUCAUGCCAUACGUCGUGCCUCAUUGAAUAUGACUGGGGUGAACAGACAGGUCAAGUUGAGGACAAGGAUUUGUCUCUGUCUGUCUGUCUCUUGACUGCUCUGAGUACUGGGUUGAAAGUGAUACACUGAAGAGGACGAAGUCCCAACGUGGGCCCACACCCCACGGAGCAGCACGGAAUAAGGUUCUGACUCCUUUACUAUAGACAUUUACAAUAGGAGGGUGAGGCGGGGGUCGGUUGGUGGUGGGUUCGAUGAUGUGUGGAUUUUAAACUAGCUUAAAGGUCCUCAUGCUUGCUGUGUGGUCCGUGCAGCAUUUGCCCCACCCUUCUUAGCCAAACCAUUCCCCCCUCCAUGUUCUCGCUCUCGUUCCAUUCCUCUAAGUUAAUCACACUCACAGCUGUUGGUCUAAAGCAGCUCAAUCUGGGGUGGACUUUACACUGAAAGCAGAGCUCUCUCGCGCUCUCUCUCUCUCUCCUCGCGCUCUCUCUCUCUCCUCGCGCUCUCUCUCUCUCCUCGCGCUCUCUCUCUCUCCUCGCGCUCUCUCUCUCUCCUCGCGCUCUCUCUCUCCUCGCUCUCUCUCUCUCCUCGCUCUCUC